ACGACCGCAUAAAAACCUCUCGUACUCUCCUCCUCUUACUCUUCCCUCUCACCUCUCCUUCGCAAUUCUAGGGUUUCUCUUCAUCCCCCCCUUCCCUCCGUCCUCCAAAGUCCACACCUUUCUCCCAUGCCCGAUCCCUACGCUGCUUCAGAGCUCGCUUCAACCCUAAUUCGCUCCAAAUCCUCAUUCUUCUUCUCCGAUUCUCGACGUUUGAUUCGGUACUAGGGUUUUUUUUUUUAGGUAGUUCGGUCCGAACUUUUUAGUGGCUUUAGGGCGUCAGAGGAUCAGUGAAGGACGGUGUGCGAGGAGAGGAUUCGGGGAUGAGUGAAAACCCUAACCCUGCGGCGGAGGCGAAGCCGGGCUCCGGCGGCCGAUUCUCCGGCCACCACGGGCAUAUUCCGGCGGGCGUCGGCGGCGGCGUCGAGGAGGCGCAGCUCAUCGCGGCCGCGGACGCCCAGGGCAUUGAGAGGUACGAGGAGGCGGAGGAUAGCAUCGGCCGCGGCGGCGGAGGCGGUGGCCAUGGAGAGGGUGAGGGGAUGGAGGUGGACGGGCCCUGCGAUCCGGGGCAUUCGGGGGAGCAUCACGGGAUGUUGGCUCCUCAUGUAGGGGAUAAUCAACUCACCCUCUCGUUUCAGGGCGAGGUGUAUGUGUUCGACUCCGUUACCCCCGAAAAGGUUCAAGCUGUGCUUUUGCUGUUGGGGGGAAGAGAAAUAAGCACUAGCACCACAAAUCCUUUUCCAUCUUCUUCCCAUAAUAGGCGGAUAAACUUGCCGCACAGAGUUGCUUCCUUAAUGAGGUUCAGGGAAAAGAGGAAAGAGAGGAAUUUUGAAAAGAAAAUUCGUUACACUGUUCGCAAAGAGGUUGCUCUUAGGAUGCAACGUAAUAAAGGGCAGUUCAUAUCGUCCAAGUCAAAGCCUGAAGAUUCAACAAAUGAUGCUGCAAUUUGGGACACCAGUGCACAGCAGUGGACCCCACCACCUGAUAAUCGCCCCCCUGCAGCAUCUGAAUGUCAUCACUGUGGCAUCAGUGCCAAAGCUACACCAAUGAUGCGACGUGGACCUGACGGACCAAGGACUCUAUGCAAUGCUUGUGGGCUUGUUUGGGCAAAUAAGGGGAUGAUGAGGGAUCUUUCAAAGAAUCCAACACCUGCAAUUCCGAAUGCAUUGCCAGAACCACCAAAAGAAGGGAGCAACUUUACUGAAGCAGGAGCAGCUCAGGCCCUUCCUGCUUCUGUUAAUGGCCAUCAUGGAUUGUGAAAAGCUCUUGCGAAAUGCCGUGUUAGGAUUUAUUGCGGAAGAGUUGUGUGUUCUUGCUGGUUCUUCAAUUGCUCCUUGAGAUCGUAAGUUGUUAGCUUACAUGUAUAAUAUGAUGAGAGAAUGUGAGAUGGGAUUUCUUUCAGUUGAUGCAGAGACGUCCGAAACUGUAUCAACUUUUUCUUUAUUAUUAUCCAAUCCUUGUGUAUCUGACAUCUAAUUUUAACAAACUUGGAACUCCGCUUGGAGAACUUUUGUAUCUAGUGAGCCCUAGGGACAGAUUGCCGUGUAAUCAAUGUACUUCUUCUGAGGAUGGUUCUUUCUUGUUUGAUGUUUAAUAUUUGAAUUUUGAAAGAUCAA